AUGGCGCGCCUGCGCACCUUCUACAGCGGAAGGCGGCUCACGCAGCUACUGUCCAUGCUCGAGCGCGUGGGCGAGAAGCCGACCGGCGACGCCGAGGCCCUGUCUUGGUACAUCGCCCGCAUCCUGCUGCUGUUUGCGCCAGAGGAGGGCGGCCUGCGGGACAGCCUGCUGCGCUGCACCUCCACUCUGCAGCGGCUGAGGGACGAGCACAGGAUGCUGCAGGGGCGCAUCGACGGCGCCGGCAGCUGCUCGGUCAUGUGA